AUGGCUGAGCAUUUGUAUGAGCUCCUGAGUCCUCACCUGCCCUCAACCGAGGCGAACCUGUCUAAGGAUCCGCCCACGAUUCAAUACCUCAACCGACUGCCUACGCUCUCCCUACAGGCCCUACAGACUACAGAACCCCAGUCACUGGCACAGUCCGCGCACUCCAAUCUUCUAUCUCUGCAAGCGCUGUCCAACCGAUCUCACAAGUCCUUCAUCACCUCCGCAGACAGUUUAUCCAACCUCCAUUCUUCCAUUGCCAAUCUAAAACGCCAGGCCCAGGAGUUACGCGAUGGCAUCCCGAAACUCGACGAGGAGGCGGUCCGGUUCUCCUCCAAAUACAGCAGAGCGGCAGAGAAUGCCACCCUCGAGCAACGGAAAAAAGUCAUGCGUCUCUCGCGGAAUGUUGACCGCAUCUCGGACAUCCUGGAAUUACCCACACUACUUGCAACAACCGUGUCGUCGGCCGCUGCCAACUCCGGAAACACAGGGACUUCGUUUUCUACGACAUAUUCCGCAGCAUUGGAUCUCUACGCUCACAUCAAGCGCUUGCAGACGCUGUACCCGGAUUCGCCUUUAGUGAACGACGUGGCCGCCCAGGCGGAGGACGCCAUGAAAGAUAUGACUUCGAAUCUUAUUACUGCUCUUCGUGCUCAGAACCUUCGACUCGCGGCGGGGAUGCGGACUGUAGGUUGGUUACGAAGGGUGGCCCCUGAGCUUGAUGCAGCCAUUGGCGAGGGCGGAGCUAGUAAUGGAGGAGGUGCGCUGGGUGCAACAUUCCUGAUAUGCCGUCUAGCAAACCUGGUAUCCACCCUGGAAGCUCUUGAUCCCCUCCGUGAACUUGCAGAUCAGGAAACACAGCGCAGGACGCGGGGUUCAGACCAGAAAAGCGGUACUGGCUCGUGGACAGCCGGUCAUCAGACAGAAAAGUACCUGAAAAGGUACAUUGAGAUAUUCCGCGAGCAAAGCUUCGCGGUUGUCUCUUUGUACAAGAACAUAUUUACACCAGAUCAGUCAGAGACCGAUGCGACCGCCCCGGGCUUACGAGGAAUCGACGCGCGGACCAAGACGGCACAGUCCUCCCAGACGGAUCGCAGACUAGACCCUUUCCAAUGCCUACCACCUGCUCUCGCAACUUUCCCUACGCACCUGGUUCAACUACUAACUGGCACGCUGCGCACAUAUCUACCGAAUAUUCAGGACAAAACCGCCCGUGAAAGUCUUCUUACGCAGGUACUCUACUGCGCUGCCAGUUUAGGCCGUUUAGGGGGCGACUUCAGCAUGAUUCUAACCGAACUCGGCGACACAGGGGAUGAAGGAACUGAGGGCUUUGCUUCCGAAUGGGAGGAAGUUAUGCGGAAGCACCGAGCAUUGGCAGGGCGCCUUGAACAGCUUACGGGGGCGAAUCCAACAAGCCCUACAGGGUCCUCGAAAGGUACCUUGCAGGCAACCUCACUAGCUGCCUCAUAG